AUGCUAAGUGAAUUUAAUCAAGUGACGCGGGGAACCCGCACGACAGAACAGAUUGAAUUGUAUAAUCUGUUAUGUGAUGCAGCGAUUGAUAGUGCGGUAUGCUGUCGGCGCAUGCACAAAAAGCCUAUUUUGGGUUGGAACCACUAUGUCAAAAAUAGUUACAGAAACGCACGAAAUCAUUUUGCGAAGUGGGUGCUUGCAGGAAAGCCAGUACAGGAUGAUGUGAAUAUAGUUCCAGUAGGGGAAGAUUUGACACUUCAUGAAGAUUCGCAUGAACAAUUAGAGAGCUUGAACACGGAUGACAGUGGUGAAAUGUAUGUAUCUUACGAAGAUGAAACAUUAGAUAGCUCAGAGUCUGGUGCAACAAACACUGAAGAUUCCAUAAUACUCGACAAUGUCAACGCAAUAAGUGGUCCUAGGCGUAAACAGAAACCAGACAGAUUUGGAUUUGCAAAUACUUGCACAGAAGAUGAACUAAUGUGCACAGGUGAAAUAUCAUUGCAUGAAGCCUUGAAAGGGCCUGAGAAAGCACAGUGGUUAGCAGCUGUGCAGGAAGAGCUACAGUCGUUCGAGAAAAAUAGUGCGUGGGAACUCGUUGAUGUUCCAAAAGAUCGUAGUUUAUACUAUAGUGCAGUGCAACCUACUCGACCUCCUUUCGGGGACUUCACUGUCGCUGUUGCACACUGUGUCGCCGCUGCUAUGGUGGGCGGUGGGCAAAGGGUGCGUGGCUUGACUGUCGCGGCUGGAUACUGUGAAACCGUGCAAACCGCUGGGCCCCGGCUGGGCGGGAUCUCUGCAGCAAAAAACCAAUACUAG